AGAAGAAGCAGCAGCAGCAGCAGCAGCGCAGAGUAGCUCUCAGAUAAACAGUCCUGAACCAUGUCAUGGCUUACAGCUGUGUAGUAGACUGUGAUUUUCAUACUUUUAUCGUUCCAUCGUUUCCCGACGGACCCCCUCCGCCUCCAGGCGUGACUUCAUAACAUCCAGACGGUGGAGGAGGACGUCGAACCCUACUUCCAGGUAAUCCCGUUAGCACAACAGCAAACCAGCAUAGUCCCCAAGUUUACAGAGGAGUUUUGCAUGAGAGCAGCCAGCUCAGAAGUAACCGGGUCCGUCUCUAUACUGGUCUCUGAGGACUCUGAAGUGUGCGGGAGACACUUCACGGAGGACUGCAAAGUCACAUCUCCGAGAAGAGGGGCAGGUGCCCACCGUGUUUGCUGGCCGUGGACCAAUGGAGCGGAGAAACCUGAACAUCAUCCAGAGGGACCCUCAGGACCUGAAGGCAACAAGUCCAGAGUCCGAAGACGACUGGAAUGACGAGGCCUCAGAGAUUCUUCACGAUCACAGCUACGGGAAGAAGCCCCCCCGUGCCAAAGAGCAGCUGCAGGCCGCGCAGGUGGAGCUCAGUCGGCUGGAAGCAAACAGCCGAGGCCUGAACAGCGAGCAGUUCUUUCUGCAGCGCUUCCAGUACGACCCGGAGCUCAUCAUGUUUUACACUGGUUUUAAAGACUACAGCACACUCAGAGCGUUCUACCUAGCUCUGCGGCCGACACCAGAGACUAUAUGGAAAUGGAGUCACACUGUAAAGCUGAAUCGCACUGAACACAGUGUGGACGCUGGCUUCAAGGCACAGCACCUGUGUCUGUUUGAUCAGCUGUUCCUGUUCCUUUGCUUUGUGAGGCGGGGCUUCCUUCCUUUUGACAUAUCAACGCAGUUCCAGCUGUCAGAGGUCAUUGUCCAAACAACCUGCGUAACAUGGUGCCACUACCUGUUCUUCAUGCUGGGAACGCUACCCAUAUGGCCGAGUAGACAGACCGUAGACGAGCUCAUGCCGCAGUUCUUCAGAAUGACCUUCCCCAAAACACGGGUGGUGCUGGACUUCAUUGAGGUCCCCAUCCAAAUGGCAACAUGCAGGAUGAAUGCGUCUCAUCAUAGAGAGUCCCCCACAGUCAAGUCUCUGGUGGGCAUCACUCCCUCCGGCUCAGUCAGCUUUGUCAGCAGCGUCUAUGCAGCCUCCAUCUCAGAUAGAGACAUCGUCUUGAAGUCGGGGGUUUUAAACCUCCUGGAGCCGGGUGAUGAAGUGAUGGCCGACAAGAGCUUCGAGGUCGAAGACGUCCUGGAUGUGAUUGGUGUCCGCUUUGUCAUCCCGACCUCCUCCAGGCCAAACAGACAGUUCAAUCAGGACAAUACAGCACAUGCACGCCACAUCAGCCACUUGAAAAUCCACAUAGAGAAGGUGCUCAGUCGCGUCACAGAGUACCAUAUCUUUGAUAGUGUUCCCGCUGCACUCUGUGGGUCAGUCAACCAGCUGUUGACAGUCUGCGCUUUGCUAACAAACUUCCAAGGAUCUCUGCUUAAAUAAUGUGGACACUGUUAGACAAUACAUCUGUAACUGUGAGGAGAGCCCAGGAUAAACCCAGAACAUGCUGGUGAGAAUAUUUAUCUCCUGUGGGAACACUUUGGGAAAUACUGGCAAGGAAAUAUUAACCUCCUCCAUCUUUUAGACCAAACAAAAUGCUCAUUUCAGCUCCCCAGAGCCCAAAAUUAUAUCUUGUUUUUUCAAAGACAUGCAAAUUACAAUGAAAGUAGCAAUAAGUUGAGGCUGGAGCUAGAGAAAGUCUGGCAAAAGACUGAAAUGAUAAAUCAGUUAUCAAAUUAGUUGACGGUUGGCUGUUUAUUGCUGCUCUGAUUGCAUGUGUUGUUGUUCAAACCGCAGAGCUUUUCAUUUACAUUCUUGUACACAUCCCAAGUUUUGCAAGACAACAAAUAUAUCUCGCUGGAUUUUUUCAGCAGUGUAAAAAAGAGAGUCUUGGCUUUGAACAUUUCUCUCUGUGUGAAUAUUUAGCAACAAUUAAGUAUAGGAAUAAAACCAUGAUACUAGUGUCUAUGUGAUACCGUCGUAGAGUGUGGACACAUGUUGUGGAUAUCUUCUUAACUUUACAGUAGAAUAAAUACAGGUUUAAAGCAUUAACUCAGUGUUUUUCUACAAGCUUCUUAUUGUCACCAGAGGAAUAAGAUGCAUUAAACUUAUCUCCACACAAUACUGUUCAUGGCAUCUGUUUAUUGUUAGUUUUUGUCUUUUUGUUGAUUUGUUGGCAUUUGAAAAAAUAAAGAACUUUAUCUCAUUCAUUCAUUCAUUAAAGGAGGAAUCAGGUUGU